AUGCCGCCCUUCAGCGGCCCCACUACCGCCCUUCCGCGGCCCUGUCGCCGCCCUUUCGCGGCCUCGUCACCGCCCUUCAGCGGCCCCGUAACGCCCCUCAACAGCCUCGUCGCUGCCCUUCAGUGGCCUCGUUGCCGCCCCUUGCGGCCCCGUCACCGCCCUUCACGGCCGUGCCGCCCUUCCUCGGCCCCUCAGGCCGCCCUUCCCGGCCCCGUCAGCAGCCGAGCCGCCGUCACCACCGAGCCGCUGAGCCGCCCUUGCCACCGUGCCGCCAAGCUGCCGAGGCACCGAGCCGCCGAGCUGCCGAGACGCCGAGCCACCGAGCCGCGGAGCCGCCCUGCAGCCCAGCCGCCGAGCUGCCGAGCCGCCGAGCCGCCACGCCGCCGCGGCCGAGACGCCGCAUCUACUGCUGUCAUUGCCACCCCCAGUGUUCUCACCUUUGACGCUCAGGGCCGUGCUGUUGACUUUGAGGUCUGGGUAGAUGAUCUGCAGCUUUUCCUACAGUGCGAUAGGGCAGACGGUCUCUCUUUGUUUGACCUCACCUCUGGUGCCUCUCCUGCCCCUACUGCUGAUGCUGAUGCCACUGUUCGCUCACAGUGGGCCACGCGCAAUGCUACCGCUCGCCUUGCUGUGCGCCGCCACUUACCGACCGCUGAGUGCGCGCAUUUCAGUCAGUACAAGAGUGCUAAGACCUUGGACCACUUCCUCUCUGUUUGCCCCACCACCCUCACCGUUGACCUCCUCGAGGAGUGCCUCCUAGCAGCAGAAAAGAGUAUAGCCGCUGUAGGAGCCUCUCGUGGUGACCCUUGUACCCCCGUCUUUGAGGGGUGCUCCCCCUCCCCCCUCUUGCCCUCUGUUGCCUCUGCUGCUGCGGCCGACCUCGUUGGUCUUGAGUCGGUCGGCGCGGCGUCCGCCCCUAGCGGGAGACGCCGCCCAGGCAAGGGCAAGGGGGGCAAGGGCGCUAGAGGGGCUGGCGGGGGCGGUGGAGGCGGCGGUGGAGGCGGCGGAGGGAGUGGGGGUGGCGGUGGGGGUGGUGGCGAGAGUGGGGGCGCUAGUGGCGGCAGUGGAGGCGGAGGAGGCGGCGGUGGUGGUGGUGCGAGCGGAGGUGGUGGAGGUGGAGGCGGUGGUGGAGGUAGCGGCGGCGGAGGUAGAGCUGGUCGGGGCGGCUCUUUGGAGAGGGUCGGCUCCGGUGGUGACGCUUGGCGUCAUCAGUUCCCCGACGCUACUGAGAUCCCUCGCUGGGGCGAGCUGUUUAGGGCGGGUGUUGCGAUCUUUGAUCUUGAUUAUGAUGCUAUUCUUGCUGCAAUGUAUGCUGUGACUAGUAGUGAUGAGGGUGACUGUUACCGGUGUUUUCCGCCUGACCCGGGCAUUGAGACUGCUGCUCUACGUGCUGGUGAGGCUGGUGCUCUAGGUGCUAGUGAGUCUGCUGCCCCAGGUGCUGGUGAGUCUGCGCUCUCAGGUACCGCGUCAGCUUCGGCCACCCGCACCUUCACCCUUGACUCGGGUGCUUCUCGCUCCUUCUUUCGAGACCGCACCACGCUUACGCCGCUUAGUCGGCCAGUGGCAGUCUCCCUGGCAGACCCCUCUGGGGGUCCUGUCCUUGCCCACUUCUCCACUGUUCUACUGUGUCCAGUGGCCCUUUCUAGCACCCUGUCGGGUCUGUACCUCCCCUCGUUCUCUACGAACGAGGUGUGUCUCAGGUAG